AUGGCAGAUGACUUGGCGAAUCUCUGCCGAUUUCUCUUCGACGAGACCGGCCUCUCCUCGUUGUCGUCUUCGGCAUCUUCAGAUCUCUUUUCUCAACGUAUACGCUCCGAUGAUUCGAUCAAGCGUGGUCUCCGCUAUUUCUAUCUCCUCCUCCGCUGGGGAAUCGCUCCGAUCACUGACUCCUCCGGCAAGCUACGGUUUCAGACCUGGUCCGAUUCGCAGGUUCAAGCCCUUGUUUCCAUAUCCCAGGCGAUCCUUCUACUAUCGCGAUCUCUAUUAGUGGACCAUGUCGAACCAAUAGUUUUGGGAGUCAUCCAGGAGGUGAUGGAAUUCUCUCUCAGCUUCUUGGAGAAGUCAAAAUUUAAACAAAAUGAUCUGAAAAUGGAGGUAUACAUGGAACAACUUUUGGAGAUUGCUUGUUCUGAUGGAAGUGAAAAGCAAUAUGAUAUACUGGCAGCUGUCUCUCCCGCUGAAGCUGCACAAAUGUGGCCAACAUUUUCUGCCGAGCAUGAUAAUAUGGAACUCUAUAGUCUUGUGAAAUGUACUUUUCAAGGGGGCAGGUGCUCAAAUGAAGAGAAGCCAGUUGACCGGCUUCUUAUUACGCUGAUGUCUGAAUGCAUCGAACCUGAUGUCCAGACUCAGUCAGUAGUCAAGCCCUCUUUUCAGCAGGACUCUGGAAACUUGAAUCCCUUGACUCGACACCUGGCAGUUGUUCACCUUGGCUGUGUUUGUCGUCUGAUUAUGGUCUGCAAAGAGCUUGUUCAACUGCCAAAUGUGUUAGAUGAGAAGAUGGUUGAUCAAGCUUUCCUUGAUAAACUGUCCUUCUGCUUAAGAAUUCUGAAGCUGCUUGGUAGUCUUUCCAAAGAUGUUCAGAGUAUAGAAAACGAUGGGUCAUUGUUACAAGCAGUAGCUUCAUUUGCAGAUGCUUUUCGUAAGCUGUUUGGGGUUUUCUUUGAAUUCACUAACCACACUGCUACAGAGGGUAAUAUUGAGAGUCUUUCUCUAGCGGUGGCGGAAGGAUUUCUUAGUCUUGUCCAACUCAUUUUUGGCAAGAGCAGUGUUUUUCAGAAUGUCCAGGCAUGUGUAUCAGCUUCUAUUGUGAACAAUCUAGAUGCCUCAGUGUGGAGAUAUGAUGGUUCCUCUUGUAAUUUGAUACCUCCCCUUGCUUACUUCCCUCGGUCUGUCAUCUACACAUUGAGACUCAUUCAAGAUCUCAAGCGGCAACCAUACCAUAUCCAAGAUCUGAGGGCUUUAGAGUCAGAAGAUGACACUGAAAAAUCCUCUGUUGAUUCUGUUUAUUUCCAUCUGGGCCAGGAAAAGAUCCCGUUGCUCAAGUGCUUCACGGUCGAGGAUAUAAUGAGAGUGAUAUUUCCUUCAUCAAGUCAGUGGGUGGACAACUUCUUUCAUCUUGUUUGUUUCCUUCAUCGUGAAGGCGUAAAAUUACGACCAAAAGUGGAGAGAACAUAUUCCAGUUUAAGAUCAAACAGUUUUGCGGAAGUUGAAAGCCAAAUUUCUCAUGACGAUGAAGCCCUGUUUGGGAACUUGUUUUCUGAGGGUAGCCGUUCACUGUGUUCCAUGGAACCAAACGAUCAACCACCCGCUGCUGUCAGCAGCAAUUUACCAUUGCAAGCUGCAAAGGAAUUGUUGAACUUUCUUAGAACGUGCAUUUUUUGUCAAGAAUGGGUUCCUAGCAUAUACGAAGAUGGAUGUAAAAAGCUUGACACUUCACACAUUGAUAUCCUGCUCAAUGUUGUAGGAUGUAGUAUUGAAGACAAGGCUUCGGAUAGUGGUUGCAUGCUUCAAGAUGAAGGAAAACCUGAAAAUGUUGCCUUUGAACUGUUACUCUAUCUCUUGAGGAGUCGUGCCUUGUCUGAUUCUCUUGAGUCCCACCUUUUUCAGAAAAUUCUUGCUGUUGAAAAUGGUGACUUCAACUAUAAUGAUAAGACUCUGGCGCUGUUGGCUCACACUCUUCUCUGUAGGGCAGGCUUGGCUGGGGCACAGUUGAGAGCCAAAAUUUAUGAUGGCUUCGUUAGUUUUAUUUUCGAGAGAGCGAAAGGAUUAUGUGCUGAAGGUUUGAGUCUCAAGGAGUUGACUGCGUGUCUUCCCUCUGCUUUCCAUAUUGAGAUUCUUCUUAUGGCUUUCCAUUUAUCAAAUGAAUCAGAAAAGGCUAAAUUCUCAAGUCUAAUUGCCUCCUGUCUGCAUAAAGUUGAUACCCCAUCCGGAAUAUGUGAAGGUCCUCAGCUCUCCUCCUGGGCAAUGCUGAUUUCUAGGUUGUUAGUGCUAUUGCACCAUAUGUUGUUGCAUCCAAACACAUGCCCAACAUCACUAAUGUUAGAUCUAAGGUCUAAACUGAGGGAAGUUCGUAGCUGUGGAAGUAAUUUGCUUGUAACCAUUGGUGAUCAUUUAUCUUCCUGGGCUUCUCUUGUAGCAAGGGGCAUAACUGAUUCAUGGGCUGAAGAGGAGUCUGUCAACCAUCUGAUGAGUCAAAUGAUUGACUUUUCCCCACAUCCUCCUACAUUUCAGAUUGACGUGUCUGCUGCCAAAGCCUUAAACUUGGAUUAUGGAGAUUUAUCUGCAAGUUUGUCCCGGGUUUUGGGGUUGUGGAAGGGGAAAAAGGCAGGAAAAAUGGAAGACCUGAUAGUGGAAAGAUACAUCUUCAUACUUUCGUUGGAUAUUGCUCGUAUUAACUUUUCAUUGGAUAGUCAGCCUUCGUUGCAUGUUAAUUACCAGAAUGUGGACAUAUCCAGCACUGUGGAUCUCGUCUGUACCAGUCAUUUGCUUAUAGGCGACUCCAAUGUUGUUGCUAAGAAUAUCGAGUUGAGUAAGAUUUUGAUCAGUGUUUUAAAUCAGCUCCAUUCAGCACCUGAGCAUGUAAUUGAGGAUUUGGGUUGGGAUUUUAUCCGCGAAGGAUCUUGGCUCUCUCUUCUGUUGUAUUUUCUGAAUGGUGGCGUCUGGGGUUAUUGCAAGAAAAAAGCAUGUUCAGAAAUUGAUCCCUUCUGGAGGGAGUGCACAUCUGUUGACGCUAAGUAUAUUGCUGCUGCAGAAGGCGUACUCUCUUGCUUGAUGGAGACCGGUGACAUUGCAGAAUUGCUGAGAAUGCUUUCAUCAUUGGUUAGCAAAUAUUUACGGGUGUAUAAGAAAGCUUUCCUUGCAACUUUCAGUACUUGGAAUCAUCAUGGUCAUAGUUCGGCAUCUCUGCUACUUCUCAAGCAUACUCAAUUUGGUAAAAGUCUCCAAGCUGAAUAUGCAAAGAUUGGUGACAAUCCACUCUAUCUUCAAUGCAUUUUUUAUCUCUCAAAAGUGGAUGCUCUGGGUGAUGGAAGAGGUUCGGGUGUUUUAUGGAAAGUGUUUUGGGAAUUUAUGGUACAUGGGUUUCCCACUAGUCUUCAAACUUCUAGUGCAAUUCUUCUUUCAUGUAUUCUAAGCAUAAGAUGCAUUGUGCUGACGAUAGAUGGUUUACUCAAGCUGGGCAACUCCAAGGAAAAUUUUGGGGCAGAUUCUCGUGUGCUUCAUCAGAUACUGAACUCGAUCAUGAUUAUUAAGUUUGAUCAGGUAUUUGAAAGCUUUCAUGGGAAAUGUGAGGAGAUCCAUCAAAAUAUAUGUGCCGUGCUGGAGCUUCCUGAUUUGACGGAGUUGUUCCUGAUGAAAGACAUGGAGGGGUUUGUAAGAGAUAUUAGUGCUGAGCAGAUAGACAGAAGCAUUGUACUUGAAGGGGUGAUCACGAAGAUUGUAGAUGUGAUGGACAGCCUAAUCAAGGAUUCUUCAAAAUCUAGUAUUUUCAAAUUCUAUCUUGGUGUAGAUGCAGUCUCUGAGCAUAGCAGCGAAUUAAUUCAGUUGCAACGUGGAGAUCUGUCUGUUUUUAUUGACUCAUUGGAUUACUGUUCCUUGGAGCCAGUAAAUGUAAAAGUACUCAACUUCCUUGUUGACCUCUUGUCUGUGGCUCUAUCCCCCGAUCUCAAAAGAAGAGUACAGCAAAAGUUUAUUGACAUGGAUUUGAUAACUUUGUGUGGGUGGCUGGAGAGAAGACUGUUGGGUUCUUUCAUCGAUGAAAUGGAUGGGAAAAAGUCUGCAAAAGGAAAUUCUCUUUCUUUCAGAGAGGCAGCAAUGAAUUUUGUCAACUGUCUAGUCUCAUCUACUAACGACCUACAGACCAGAGAGUUACAGAGUCAUUUAUUUGAGGCAAUGCUGAUUUCCCUCGAUACCGCAUUUCUCUCAUUUGAUAUCCACACGGCUAUGUCAUACUUUCAUUUUGUACUUCAACUUGCAAGGGAAGAGAACCUGAUGAAGAUGGUUUUAAAGAGAACCAUAAUGCUGAUGGAGAAGCUUGCUGCCGAUGAGAAGUUGCUUCCUGGUUUAAAGUUCCUUUUUGGUGUGAUAGGCACCUUGUUGAGCAACCGCUCUCCAAGUCACGGAGAGAGUCCGCGUGGAAAGUCCUUGGUGAGCAAUAAGAACACUGCAACAGGUCCUUUGGUCCCAAAACUUCCAGGAACAGCAAAAAAAUCUGAAACGUUGGCUAUCCCUAUAGAUCAGGAAGGAAGCUCAAUAUCACUUGAAUGCGAUGUUACUUCUGUUGAUGAAGAUGAAGAUGAUGGAACAUCUGAUGGUGAAAUGGCCAGCUUAGACAAGGAAGAUGAAGAAGAUGCCAACAGUGAGAGGUAUCUUGCCUCAAAAGUCUGCACUUUUACUUCCAGUGGCAGUAAUUUCAUGGAACAACACUGGUAUUUUUGUUACACCUGUGACCUUACUGUGUCCAAAGGUUGCUGUUCUGUUUGCGCAAAAGUCUGCCACCGGGGUCACCGUGUUGUUUAUUCACGAUCUAGUCGAUUUUUCUGCGACUGUGGAGCGGGAGGUGUUAGGGGAAGUAGCUGCCAGUGCUUGAAGCCGCGCAAAUUCACUGGCACUGGAAAUGCUCCAGCUCGUGGUACAAAUAAUUUCCAAUCCUUUUUACCCUUGUCUGAGGAUGUGGAUCAGCUUGCAGAAAGUGAUUCAGAUGUGGAAGAAGAUGGUUUUGGGGAGGACAAUCACGUGGUCUUAUCUAUCCCUAAGGAAAUUCAGUUUAAGAUGUCACUGCUACUAGAAGAGCUCUGCAUAGAGGACCGAGUGAUGGAGCUUUUCUCGUCUUUGCUUCCGUCUAUCACUAGCAAAAGAGACUCUGGGCUUUCGAAAGAUAAGCAGAUUCAUCUUGGGAAAGACAAGAUUCUUUCAUUUGACACAGAUCUUUUGCAGCUGAAAAAAGCAUAUAAAAGUGGGUCCCUUGACUUGAAAAUAAAGUCUGACUAUGCUAAUUCAAAGGACCUUAAAUCUCUUUUAGCCAAUGGUUCCCUUGUCAAGUCUCUCCUGAGUGUUAGUGUUCGGGGUCGCCUAGCAGUUGGAGAAGGUGAUAAAGUUGCGAUAUUUGAUGUUGGACAGCUGAUAGGACAAGCCACAAUUGCACCCAUAAAUGCAGACAAGGCCAAUGUUAAACCGCUUUCCAGGAAUAUUGUUCGUUUUGAGAUUGUGCAUCUUUCUUUCAACUCAGUUGUGGAGAAUUAUCUUGCUGUCGCAGGCCUUGAAGAUUGUCAGGUACUUACUUUGAACCAUCGAGGUGAAGUCAUUGACAGGCUUGCUGUUGAGCUUGCCCUGCAGGGUGCAUACAUCAGGCGUAUAGACUGGGUUCCUGGUUCACAGGUUCAGUUAAUGGUCGUCACAAACAAAUUUGUAAAGAUUUAUGAUCUAUCCCAGGAUAGCAUCAGUCCAACACAAUACUUCACCUUGCCAAAUGACAUGAUUGUGGAUUCUGCCCUCUUUGUUGCUGCUCGUGGGAGGGUUUUCCUUCUUGUUCUUUCAGAACAAGGGAUUUUGUAUCGGUUUGAACUAGCUCGGGGCGGAAAUGCAGGGGCAACACCACUUAAGGAAAUCGUUCAGAUUAUGGGAAAGGAUGUUACCGGAAAGGGUUCAUCUGUCUAUUUCUCUCCUACAUAUCGACUGCUUUUCAUAUCCUAUCAUGAUGGAAGUUCUUUUGUGGGUCGACUCAGCUCAGAUGCAACAUCCUUAACUGAGACAUCUGGCUUGUUUGAGAAGGAAUCAGAUUGUAAACAAAGGGUCGCUGGACUGCAUCGUUGGAAAGAGUUGUUGGGUGGCAGUGGGUUAUUUAUUUGCUUCUCGAGCAUGAAGUUAAACGCUGCCUUAGCUGUGUCCCUGAGGGGGGAUGUGGUAUGUGCACAGAAUCUCCGUCAUCCAACAGGAUCAUCUUCCCCUAUGGUCGGAAUAACCGCAUACAAACCUUUGUCAAAAGACAAUGUUCACUGUCUUGUUCUGCAUGAUGAUGGCAGCCUUCAGAUUUAUUCUCAUGUUCGCAGUGGAGUUGAUGCUGACUCAAAUUUCACAGCUGAAAAGGUUAAAAAGUUGGGUUCAAAGAUACUUAACAACAAAGCUUAUGAUGGUGCAAUGCCGGAGUUUCCCCUGGAUUUCUUUGAGAAGGCAUUUUGCAUUACAGCAGAUGUGAGGCUCGGUAGUGAUGCUAUUAGAAAUGGUGAUUCCGAGGGUGCGAAACAGAGCUUGGCAUCUGAGGAUGGCUUUAUUGAGAGCCCCAGUCCCAUGGGCUUCAAGAUAUCAGUCUCCAAUCCAAACCCUGACAUUGUUAUGGUUGGCAUCCGGAUGCAUGUGGGCACUUCAUCAUCAAGCUCCAUCCCUUCAGAAGUGACCAUUUUUCAGAGAUCGAUUAAGAUGGAUGAGGGAAUGAGAUGCUGGUAUGACAUCCCAUUUACAGUGGCCGAGUCACUUCUAGCUGAUGAAGAUGUUGUAAUCUCUGUGGGGCCAACCACUAGUGGGACUGCAUUGCCAAGAAUAGACUCGCUUGAAGUAUAUGGUCGAGCUAAAGAUGAAUUUGGCUGGAAAGAGAAAAUGGAUGCGGUGCUAGAUAUGGAAGCUCGUGUGCUUGGUCAUGGUUUGCUUCUUCCAGGCUCUAGUAGAAAGAGAGCGUUGACACAGUCUGCUUCUAUUGAGGAGCAAGUUAUAGCUGAUGGUCUUAAGCUCCUAUCGAUCUUUUAUUCAGUUUGUAGGCCACAGCAAGAAGUGGAACUUAGCGAACUCAAAUGCAAACAGCUGCUGGAGACAAUUUUCGAAAGUGAUAGGGAAACACUUUUACAAACUGCAGCUUGCCGUGUUUUGCAGUCUAUCUUUCCAAGGAAGGAGAUAUACUACCAGAUCAAAGACACCAUGCGACUUCUUGGAGUAGUCAAGGUCAGCUCGAUUCUUUCUUCAAGGUUGGGCAUUUCUACUACUGGAGGUUCGGUUGUUGAAGAGUUUAAUGCUCAGAUGCGGGCGGUAUCUAAAAUAGCUUUGACCCGUAAAUCAAAUUUCUCCGUCUUUCUGGAGAUGAAUGGUUCUGAAGUAGUGGAUAAUCUGAUGCAAGUGCUAUGGGGAAUUUUAGAGUCGGAGCCACUUGAUACACCAACUAUGAACAAUGUCGUGAUGUCCUCCGUUGAACUAAUCUACAGCUAUGCGGAGUGCUUGGCCUCUCAAGGAAAGGAUUCAGGGGUUCACACUGUAGCUCCUGCUGUUCAGUUGCUGAAAGCACUUAUAUUAUUUCCGAACGAGUCUGUGCAAACUUCCAGCAGCCUAGCCAUAUCAUCAAGAUUACUUCAGGUUCCUUUCCCAAAGCAAACAAUGUUGACAACAGAUGAUUUGGUGGACAAUGUUACGACUCCAUCGGUGCCUAUCAGAGCAGCUGGUGGAAAUACGCAUGUCAUGAUUGAGGAGGACUCUAUAACGUCAUCUGUUCAAUACUGCUGUGAUGGCUGCUCCACCGUCCCUAUACUGAGAAGAAGGUGGCAUUGCACAGUUUGUCCAGAUUUUGAUUUAUGUGAGGCAUGCUAUGAAGUGUUAGAUGCAGAUCGUCUACCACCACCACACACUCGAGAUCAUCCCAUGACAGCAAUUCCAAUAGAAGUGGAAACACUUGGUGCAGACACCAAUGAGAUUCAGUACUCUGCGGAUGAAGUGUUGCCGGUGAUAACCAAUAGCGUCACACAAGCGUCAACUCCCUCGAUCCAUGUCUUGGAACCUGGUGAAUCGGCUGACUUUUCUGCCUCAGUGACCGAUCCUGUCUCUAUCUCAGCUUCUAAGCGUGCCGUAAAUUCUUUGAUACUCGCCGAGUUUCUCCAAGAAUUGAGUGGAUGGAUGGAGACAGCAUCAGGUGUUCAAGCUAUACCUGUCAUGCAAUUAUUCUACAGAUUAUCAUCCGCCAUUGGUGGAGCCUUCAUGGAUAGCUCAAAGCCCGAAGAAAUAAGCUUGGAAAAGUUAGUUAAAUGGCUUUUGGGUGAAAUUAAUCUUAGCAAGCCGUUUGCUGCUUCAACUCGCUCUUCCUUUGGUGAAAUAGUGAUUCUUGUGUUUAUGUUUUUCACCUUGAUGCUUCGGAGUUGGCACCAGCCUGGGGGAGAUGGUAGUACUUCCAGAUCAGGAGGUAGUACAGACGUACAUGAUCGGAGGAGUGUCCAGAACUCCACGGUAGUUACUUCCCAGUCUUCUUUAGAUGUUCAAGAGAGAGAUGACUUUGCGUCUCAGCUAGUUCGAGCGUGCAGUUGCCUCAGGAACCAAGAGUUUGUUAAUUAUCUAAUGAACAUACUUCAGCAGCUUGUGCAUGUGUUUAAGUCCCGUGCUGCCAAUGUUGAAGCACGUGGAUCAGGCUCUGGUUCGGGUUGUGGAGCCAUGCUCACAGUCAGAAGAGAUUUACCUGCGGGUAACUAUUCCCCCUUCUUCUCGGAUUCAUAUGCGAAAGCCCAUCGUGCAGAUAUAUUUGUGGACUAUCACAGGCUGCUACUUGAGAAUGUGUUCCGCUUAGUUUAUACCUUGGUUAGACCUGAAAAACAAGAGAAAAUGGGGGAAAAAGAAAAGAUAUACAGGAAUGCUUCUUCUAAAGAUUUGAAGCUGGACGAUUUCCAGGAUGUUCUGUGCAGCUAUAUUAAUAACCCUCAUACGGCUUUUGUUAGGAGAUAUGCUAGAAGGCUGUUUUUGCAUCUUUGCGGAAGCAAAACUCAGUACUACAGUGUCCGAGAUUCAUGGCAGUUUUCCAAUGAAGUGAAAAGCCUUUACAAGCAUGUUGAAAAGUCUGGUGGUUUUGAAAAUAAUGUUUCAUAUGAAAGGAGUGUAAAAAUUGUGAAGUCGCUUUCUACAAUUGCUGAAGUUGCUUUGGCGCGGCCUCGGAACUGGCAGAAGUACUGUCUCAGGCAUGGAGAUUUUCUGUCUUUCCUACUAAAUGGCGUAUUCCAUUUUGCUGAAGAGUCUGUUAUCCAGACACUUAAACUCCUCAAUUUGGCCUUUUAUCAAGGAAAAGAUGUGAGCAGCUCAGUGCAGAAAGCUGAAGCAAGUGAUGUAGUGACAGGCUCAAACCGAUCAGGAUCUCAGUCUGUAGAUUCAAAAAAGAAGAAAAAAGGUGAAGAUGGGCAUGAUCCCGGUUUGGACAAAUCAUACGUGGAUAUGGAAGCGGUUGUAGAAAUCUUCAGUGCCAAGGGCGGUGAUCUCUUGAGGCAGUUUAUUGAUUUCUUUCUGCUGGAAUGGAAUUCCAGCUUUGUGCGUACCGAAGCAAAGUCUGUUAUUUAUGGCUUGUGGCAUCAUGGAAGGCACUCAUUCAAAGAAAGUCUGUUAGCAGCUCUUCUACAGAAGGUUAGAUAUCUGCCAGCAUAUGGUCAGAAUAUUGUUGAGUACACAGAACUUGUCUCCUUGUUGCUCGGCAAGGCUCCAGAAAACAACUCAAAGCAAGCAAUUAACGAACUUGUGGAUCGUUGCCUGAACCCCGAUGUGAUAAGGUGUAUUUUUGAGACGCUGCAUUCUCAGAACGAACUCAUUGCCAAUCAUCCAAAUUCCCGUAUAUACAGCACUCUGAGUAAUCUUGUGGAAUUUGAUGGUUAUUAUCUUGAGAGCGAGCCUUGUGUUGCAUGCAGUUCUCCUGAUGUGCCAUAUAGCAAGAUGAAGCUUGAAAGUUUGAAAUCCGAGACAAAGUUUACCGAUAACCGCAUCAUUGUGAAAUGUACUGGGAGUUACACGAUACAGUCUGUGACCAUGAAUGUUCAUGAUGCACGAAAGUCAAAGUCGGUGAAGGUCCUAAACUUGUAUUACAACAACCGCCCUGUCUCGGAUUUAUCAGAGCUUAAAAACAACUGGUCACUGUGGAAGCGAGCCAAGAGUUGUCAUCUAUCUUUCAACCAAACUGAACUGAAGGUGGAAUUUCCUAUUCCUAUUACUGCUUGCAACUUCAUGAUCGAGUUGGAUUCCUUCUAUGAGAAUCUUCAGGCGUUAUCUCUUGAACCAUUGCAAUGCCCUCGAUGCAGUCGACCUGUUACUGAUAAACAUGGUAUUUGCAGCAACUGCCAUGAGAAUGCUUAUCAGUGCAGGCAAUGCCGCAACAUUAACUAUGAAAAUUUGGAUUCUUUCCUUUGCAACGAGUGUGGCUAUAGCAAGUAUGGGAGGUUUGAGUUUAACUUUAUGGCAAAACAAAGCUUCAUAUUUGAUAAUAUGGAAAAUGAUGAAGAUAUGAAGAAGGGAUUGGCUGCUAUAGAGUCUGAGUCUGAAAAUGCUCACAGGAGAUAUCAGCAACUCUUAGGCUUUAAGAAGCCGCUUUUGAAGAUAGUAUCAAGCAUUGGUGAAUCUGAAAUGGAUUCACAGCACAAGGACACUGUCCAGCAAAUGAUGGCGUCUUUACCUGGUCCCUCGUGCAAGAUAAACCGCAAAAUCGCACUGUUGGGUGUACUGUAUGGUGAGAAAUGCAAAGCUGCUUUUGAUUCUGUCAGUAAAAGUGUUCAAACACUGCAGGGCCUUCGCCGAGUUUUGAUGAGUUACCUCCAUCAGAAAAAUUCAAAUUUUUCAUCAGGUGCCUCAAGAUGUGUGGUCUCGAAGACCCCAAACAAUUGUUAUGGUUGUGCCACUACGUUUGUCACUCAAUGUCUUGAGAUUCUUCAGAUGUUGUCAAAGCAUCCAAGAUCUAGGAAACAACUUGUUGCAGCUGGUAUCUUGUCCGAGCUGUUUGAAAACAAUAUUCACCAAGGUCCUAAAACAGCCCGUGCUCAAGCUAGGGCCGCUCUUUCUACUUUCUCGGAGGGUGACCUGAAUGCAGUGAAUGAGUUAAAUAAUCUGGUACAGAAGAAAAUUACGUAUUGCCUUGAACACCAUCGUUCCAUGGACAUUGCACUCGCCACUCGUGAAGAGAUGCUGUUGCUUUCAGAAGUAUGCUCUCUCACUGAUGAAUUUUGGGAGUCAAGGCUGCGCCUUGUUUUUCAGCUACUAUUUUCUUCCAUUAAAUUGGGGGCUAAACAUCCAGCGAUAUCAGAGCAUAUAAUUCUUCCUUGCCUUAAGAUUAUUUCUGUGGCAUGUACACCUCCAAAACCAGAUACAGCAGAGAAAGGGCUAACGAUGGGAAAAUCUGCUCCUGCAGUGCAAGAAAAGGAUGAGAAUGCUGCCGGCAUCUUAAAGUAUUCGUCAGAAACCGAAGAGAAUAACUCGGACAUAUCUCAGAAGACGCGAGAUAUUCAGCUUGUGAGUUAUUUGGAAUGGGAGAAAGGGGCAUCAUAUCUCGACUUUGUGAGGCGGCAAUACAAAGCUUCUCUGUCAAUUAGAGGUUCUAGCCAAAAGUCCAGAACCCACAGAUCAGAUUUCUUGGCACUUAAAUAUACACUUAGGUGGAAGCGACGCUCUAGCAGGGCAUCUAAAGGUGGUUUACAGGCAUUUGAGCUCGGGUCUUGGGUCUCAGAGCUUAUUCUUAGUGCAUGUUCUCAAUCUAUCAGGUCAGAGAUGUGCACACUGAUUAGUUUACUCUCUGCCCAAAGCUCACCUAGGCGCUACAGGCUGAUCAAUUUGCUGAUAGGCUUGCUUCCCGCUACGCUUGCAGCGGGUGAAAGCAGCGCAGAAUACUUUGAACUACUCUUCAAAAUGAUAGAAACACAAGAUUCUCUUCUGUUCUUAACUGUUCGGGGUUGUCUGACGACGAUCUGUAAACUGAUCUCCCAAGAGGUGGGAAACAUUGAAUCUCUAGAAAGGAGUCUUCAGAUAGACAUUUCACAGGGAUUUACCCUCCACAAGCUCUUAGAACUCCUUGGGAAGUUCUUAGAGGUUCCAAAUAUUCGAUCCAGAUUCAUGAGGGACAAUCUGCUGUUUCAUGUUCUGGAGGCCCUCAUUGUUAUCCGUGGCUUGAUAGUCCAAAAGACGAAGCUUAUAAAUGAUUGCAACAGACUCCUAAAAGAUCUUCUUGACGGCCUUCUGCUUGAAAGCAGUGAAAACAAACGACAGUUCAUCCGUGCUUGUGUUUCCGGACUGCAAACCCAUGGAGAGGAGAAAAAAGGACGUACCUGUUUGUUUAUUCUUGAGCAGCUUUGUAAUUUGAUCUGCCCAUCAAAACCCGAGGCUGUGUAUAUGCUGAUUUUGAACAAGUCACACACACAGGAAGAGUUUAUCCGGGGAUCAAUGACGAAAAAUCCGUAUUCAAGUGCUGAGAUUGGCCCACUGAUGAGGGAUGUUAAAAACAAGAUUUGUCAGCAGUUGGACCUCUUAGGUCUACUGGAAGAUGACUAUGGCAUGGAGUUGCUUGUAGCAGGAAACAUUAUUUCACUAGACCUGAGCAUAGCACAAGUUUAUGAGCUGGUUUGGAAGAAAUCAAAUCAGUCUUCUACAUCACUGACCACCGCAUUGUACGCUUCAAAUGGAGCUCCCAGCAGGGAUUGUCCUCCCAUGACUGUGACAUACAGACUUCAGGGGUUAGAUGGUGAAGCUACUGAGCCUAUGAUCAAGGAAUUGGAAGAAGAUAGAGAAGAAUCACAAGAUCCAGAGAUUGAGUUUGCAAUAGCAGGUGCAGUUCGGGAAUAUGGUGGUCUGGAAAUUUUACUUGAUAUGAUCAAGAGUUUACGAGAUGACUUCAAAUCCAACCAAGAAGAGAUGGUUGCAGUUCUUGAUCUCCUAAACCAUUGCUGCAAGAUUAGAGAGAACAGGCGAGCUUUACUCAGGCUGGGAGCUUUAAGCUUACUUCUUGAAACAGCUAGGAGGGCAUUUUCUGUGGAUGCUAUGGAGCCAGCUGAAGGCAUUCUCUUAAUUGUCGAGAGUUUGACGCUUGAAGCAAAUGAAAGUGACAGCAUCAGCGCCGCACAAAGUGCUUUGACUGUCAGUAACGAGGAGACUGGAACUUGGGAACAGGCCAAGAAAAUAGUGCUUAUGUUCUUAGAAAGGCUUAGCCAUCCUUCAGGGCUUAAGAAGUCAAGCAAACAACAAAGGAACACGGAGAUGGUUGCUAGAAUCUUGCCUUACUUGACAUACGGUGAGCCUGCAGCAAUGGAAGCACUCAUAGAGCAUUUUAACCCUUACCUGCAAAACUGGGCUGAAUUUGACCAGCUUCAGCAACGUCAUGAGGAGAACCCCAAGGAUGAGAGCAUUGCUCAGCAAGCUGUGAAGCAGAGGUUUACUGUGGAGAAUUUUGUUAGAGUGUCAGAAUCUCUCAAGACAAGUUCAUGUGGAGAGAGGUUAAAAGAUAUAGUUUUGGAGAAUGGAAUCAUAGCUGUUGCUGUCAAACACAUCAAGGAAAUAUUCGCUGUCACGGGACAGGCUGGGUUCAAAUCUAGCACGGAAUGGCUUUCGGCUCUUAAACUUCCUUCAGUGCCUCUUAUUUUGUCAAUGUUGAGAGGAUUGUCGAUGGGGCAUUUGCCAACCCAAACAUGCAUAGACGAAGGAGGAAUUUUACCCUUACUUCAUGCCUUGGAAGGAGUCCCUGGAGAAAACGAGAUUGGUGCAAGGGCUGAAAAUUUGUUAGACACACUCGCUGAUAAAGAAGGAAAAGGAGAUGGAUUUCUCGGAGAGAAAGUCCGUGCACUACGAGAUGCCACCAAAGAUGAAAUGAGACGCCGUGCACUAAGAAAGAGACAGGAGCUCCUCAAGGGACUUGGAAUGCAUCAAGAGGUAUCUUCUGAUGGUGGUGAAAGGAUUGUGGUUUCUCAACCAAUUCUCGAAGGCUUUGAGGAUGUAGAAGAAGAGGAAGAUGGAUUGGCUUGUAUGGUGUGCAGAGAAGGCUACAAACUCAGACCGACUGAUUUAUUAGGAGCCUACUCUUACAGCAAACGGGUGAAUCUCGGUGUUGGUACUUCCGGAAGCGCACGUGGCGAAUGCGUUUACACUACUGUGAGCUACUUCAACAUCAUUCAUUUCCAAUGUCACCAAGAAGCGAAAAGGGCCGACGCUGCUCUUAAGAACCCGAAGAAAGAAUGGGAAGGAGCUAUGUUACGUAACAAUGAAUCUCUUUGCAACUCUCUCUUCCCUGUCAAAGGUCCCUUGGUUCCUUUAGCUCAGUAUCUUCGUUACAUUGACCAGUACUGGGAUAAUCUCAGUUCUCUUGGUCGUGCUGAUGGAAGCAGACUCCGUCUAUUGACAUAUGACAUAGUCCUGAUGCUGGCUCGGUUUGCAACGGGAGCUUCUUUUAGCGUGGAUUCCCGAGGUGGAGGAAGAGACAGCAAUUCUCGUUUCUUGCCCUUCAUGUUCCAAAUGGCCCGCCAUCUUCUCGACCAAGGAGGCCCCACGCAACGCGCCAACAUGUCUAAAUCUGUUACAUCCUACAUAUCAUCAUCAUCAUCGCCAUCUACAGCAACAGCGCCGUCAUCGGACUCACGACCUUUGACUCCUGGAUCUCAGCUAACAUCAGCUGGAACCGAGGAGACGGUUCAGUUCAUGAUGGUGAACUCGCUUCUAUCGGAAUCAUAUGAAUCAUGGCUCCAGCACCGUCGUGUCUUCCUCCAGCGCGGAAUUUACCAUACUUACAUGCAACACGUUCACGGUCGGGCAGCUUCUCGUGCAGCGGAAUCAACCAGUUCGGGAGGUAAAAGCCAAGACGUAGAAACCUUAACCAGCGAUGAGCUUCUCUCUAUCGUCAGGCCAAUGCUGGUCUACACCGGUAUGAUAGAACAGCUACAACAGUUCUUCAAAGAAAAGAAACCGGGACAUGAUGAAGCGUACAGGAAAGAAGGUACAUCAAGUGGAGUAGAGCUCGAACCGUGGGAGAUUGUGAUGAAAGACAGGUUGCUGAAUGUGAAAGAUAUGGUUGGUUUCUCAAAGGAAUUGAUCUCGUGGCUCGACGACAUCAACUCUGCAACUGAUCUACAAGAAGCUUUUGAUAUUGCCGGCGUUUUAGUUGUUGUUUUUGCCGGUGGGUUUAACCAAUGCGAUGAGUUUGUGAGAUUAUCGAUUAAUCUCGGAAAUGGAAAAGGAUGA